AUGAGCAGCUCCUUCAAGCGCGGCUCACUCCGCAGCGCGGCCUCUUCGGGCUCUCAGAAGAGUCAGAAAGCUUGGCUAGAAAAAACCUUCUGCAAACGGGAAUGUGUCUUUGUAAUUCCCAGCACUAAGGAUCCCAACAGGUGCUGCUGUGGCCAGCUCACUCACCAGCAUGUCCCGCCUCUGCCGAGUGUCACUGCCAGCAAGGAUGACGAAGGCACGCAGGCCGAGGCCCAACCCGAGAAGUGGACUGUGGGCAAGCACACGCAGAGGGUCCCGACCGACUCGUAUGGCCUGCUCGAGUUCCAGGGAGGCGGCUCUUGCAACAAGGCCCUGUACAUCCGCGUGUCCUGCGACACCAAGCCAGAUUCGCUGCUUCAUCUUAUGGUGAAGGAAUGGCACCUGGACCUCCCCAAACUCUUGAUCUCGGUGCAUGGUGGUCUCCAGAACUUCGAGAUGCAGCCCAAGCUGAAGCAGGUAUUCGGGAAAGGCUUGAUCAAAGCUGCCAUGACCACAAGCGCCUGGAUCUUCACGGGGGGCGUCAGCACAGGUGUCAUCCGGCAUGUGGGAGACGCCCUGAAGGACCAUUCCUCCAAGUCUCGAGGCCGCGUGUGUGCCGUUGGGAUUGCCCCAUGGGGCAUGGUGGAAAACAAGGAAGAUCUGAUAGGGAAGGGGGUGGCCAGAGUGUACCAGACCAUGUCCAAUCCCCUCAGCAAGCUUGCGUUACUCAACAACUUCCACACGCACUUCAUCCUGGCCGACAACGGCACACUGGGCAAAUACGGGGCCGAGACAAAGCUGCGGAGGCAGCUGGAGAAGCACAUUUCCCUGCAGAAGAUCAACACGAGACUGGGACAGGGUGUACCUGUGGUGGGCCUUGUGGUGGAAGGGGGUCCCAACGUAGUCUCCAUUGUGUUGGAAUAUCUCCGAGAAGACCCUCCAAUCCCCGUGGUGGUUUGCGAUGGCAGUGGACGCGCCUCAGACAUCCUGUCUUUUGCACACAAGUACUGUGAGGAAGGCGGAGUCAUCAAUGAAUCCCUCAAAGAUCAGCUUCUAGUUACCAUCCAGAAAACAUUUAAUUACACCAAGACACAAUCGCACCAGCUGUUCACCAUUAUACUGGAGUGCAUGAAAAAGAAAGAGCUGAUCACAGUGUUCAGGAUGGGCUCUGAGGGGCAGGCAGACAUGGAAAUGGCCAUUCUCACUGCCCUACUCAAAGGAACAAACGCAUCUGCUCCGGACCAGCUGGGCCUGGCGCUGGCUUGGAACCGUGUGGACAUAGCGCAGAAUCAGAUCUUCGUCUUCGGGCCGCACUGGCCGCCGCUGGGCAGCCUGGCCCCGCCUGCAGAGAGCAAGAUCCCGGAGGAGAAGAAGCUCCCUGCUGCAGCCAAGGCGGGCAGAGCCAAAGGGAAAGGAAAGAAGAAAGGGAAAGGCAAGGAGGAAGCUGAGGAGGAGACAGACCCCCGCAAGAUCGAGCUGCUGAAUUGGGUGAAUGCUCUGGAACAAGCCAUGCUGGACGCAUUAGUCUUGGAUCGGGUGGACUUUGUGAAGCUCCUGAUUGAAAACGGGGUGAACAUGCACCAUUUCCUUACCAUUCCGCGGCUGGAAGAGCUUUACAACACGAGACUGGGACCACCAAACACUCUCCAUUUGCUGGUGAGGGAUGUGAAAAAGGGCAACCUGCCCCCCGAUUACCACAUCAGUCUUAUCGACAUCGGGCUGGUCCUGGAGUACCUCAUGGGUGGGGCCUACCGCUGCCGUUACACGCGAAAGAGCUUCCGGACCCUCUACAACAACCUGUUUGGCCCCAAGAGGCCAAAGGCUCUCAAACUUCUGGGAAUGGAAGAUGAUGAGCCUCCUGCCAAAGGGAAGAAGAAGAAAAAGAAGAAGAAGGAGGAGGAGGUGGACAUCGACGUGGAUGACCCUGCAGUGAGCCGCUUCCAGUUCCCCUUCCACGAGCUGAUGGUGUGGGCUGUGCUGAUGAAGCGCCAGCGCAUGGCGGUCUUCCUGUGGCAGCGUGGUGAGGAAAGCCUGGCCAAGGCCCUGGUGGCCUGCAAGCUCUACAAGGCCAUGGCCCAUGAAUCCUCGGAGAGCGAGCUGGUGGACGAUAUCUCCCAGGAUCUGGACAACAACUCCAAGGACUUCGGGCAGCUGGCCGUGGAACUGUUGGACCAGUCCUAUAAGCAUGAUGAGCAGAUCGCCAUGAAGCUAUUAACCUACGAACUGAAAAACUGGAGCAACUCCACCUGCCUCAAGCUGGCCGUGGCCGCCAAGCACCGGGACUUCAUUGCACACACGUGCAGCCAGAUGCUGCUCACAGACAUGUGGAUGGGGAGGCUGAGAAUGCGGAAGAACCCGGGCUUAAAGGUGAUCCUGGGGAUCCUUCUUCCCCCCACCAUCUUGUUUUUGGAAUUCCGCACCUCUGAUGACUUCUCAUACCAAACAGCCAAGGAAAACGAAGAUGGCAAAGACAAAGAAGAGAAUGUGGAUGCAAAUGCAGAUGCUGGCUCCAGAAAGGGGGAUGAAGAGAAUGAGCACAAGAAGCGGAAGAGCAUUCCCAUCGGAACAAAGAUAUGUGAAUUCUACAACGCGCCCAUUGUCAAGUUCUGGUUCUACACUAUCUCCUACCUGGCCUACCUGCUGCUCUUCAACUAUGUCAUUCUGGUGCGGAUGGAUCGCUGGCCCUGUCCACAGGAGUGGAUCGUCAUUGCCUAUAUCCUGAGCCUGGCCUUAGAGAAAGUUCGAGAGGUCCUCAUGUCAGAACCAGGCAAACUCAGCCAGAAAAUCAAAGUCUGGCUGCAGGAAUACUGGAACAUCACAGAUCUUGUGGCCAUCUCUACAUUCCUGGUCGGCGUGGUCCUUCGCCUGCAGCAGCAGCCGUACAUGGGCUAUGGCCGGGUGAUCUAUUGUGUGGACAUCAUCUUCUGGUACAUCCGAGUCCUGGAUAUCUUUGGGGUCAAUAAGUACCUAGGGCCCUACGUCAUGAUGAUCGGAAAGAUGAUGAUCGACAUGCUGUACUUUGUGGUCAUCAUGCUGGUGGUGCUGAUGAGUUUUGGGGUGGCCCGGCAGGCCAUUCUGCACCCCGAUGAGGAGCCCUCCUGGAAGCUGGCUCGGAACAUAUUCUACAUGCCGUACUGGAUGAUCUAUGGGGAGGUGUUUGCCGAUCAGCUAGACCGUAAGACUAGAAUUCAUAUCUACGCCAUGGAAAUUAAUCCUCCUUGUGGUGAUAACCUGUUUGAUGAAGAAGGCAAAAGGCUGCCACCCUGUAUCCCGGGUGCCUGGCUCACUCCUGCCAUCAUGGCCUGCUACCUCCUGGUCGCCAACAUUCUGCUGGUCAACCUGCUCAUCGCUGUCUUCAACAAUACCUUCUUCGAAGUCAAAUCAAUAUCCAACCAGGUGUGGAAAUUCCAGCGCUACCAGCUGAUCAUGACCUUUCAUGACCGGCCAGUACUGCCCCCGCCCAUGAUCAUCCUCAGCCACCUCUACAUGAUCAUUAUGCGCCUCAGUGGGCACUGCAGGAAGAAGAGAGAAGGCGAGCGGGAUGAGCAGGAUCGUGGGCUGAAACUCUUCCUCAGUGACGAGGAGCUGAAGCGGCUGCAGGAGUUCGAGGCCCAGUGCGUGCAGGAGCACUUCCAGGAGAAGGAGGAUGAGCAACAGGCCUCCAGCGAUGAGCGCAUCCGUGUCACCUGUGAGAGAGUUGAAAAUAUGUCAGUGAGGUUGGAUGAGAUCAAUGAAAGGGGAAAUUUCAUGAAAACAGCCCUGCAGAGCGUCGACCUGCGGCUUUGUCAGCUGGAAGAGUUAGCGAACCGCACGGUGGAUACGCUGGGAAGCCUGGCAGGGGUCGACCGGGCCGACCUGCUGCCCACGCGGUCCCGAGCUGCCUCUGAGUGUGAUGUGACUUUUCUUCAACGGCAGAGCAGCCUGGGCAGUGCUGAUGGCUUCAGCCUGUCCCAGUACCAUUUAAGUGGAGAGGAGGCGAGUGAGGAGAACCCUCAUUCUAUGCCUCCAGGGACAGGCUCGCACAUCAGAGAAGACAAGGGCCUGAAAAUGCAGCUGGACCCCAAGGACCCUUCUAGCCCCCUGGCCAGUGCCAGCACUCCAGCCCCAGACCACAGUCCACUUGCCUUGGGCCCUGGCAUGGCAGCUUUGGAGCGCAAUGCCAGUUCCAAUACAGGGAACACUGCUAAAGACCGCCACAAGCUCCUCCUGAAGCGACACGAAGAGUGUGCCCUGAAUACAGAAGGCACGAAUAACCCCAGAGCGCCGGCGCAAAGCCGCACCUCUCCCCCAGCUCCCACCCGCAAGAAGCAGCACAACCCCCGACCCCCUUCCACCAAAGGUUGCUCCAGUUCAAAAAUGUUCGGAAUUCAGAAAUGCCUUGUGCUUGACGAGGCCUCCCCCAGAGGCGGCUCUGCCAAGAUGGCGGCCGGGCCGCGCUCCCCCCGGCGCCGUCGCUGA